AUGAAAGAGAGUAAUUGUCAGAUUGUGAGAGGUGUCUCUACAACUUGUGUACUGCGAAAUGAUGUUUCUAAAUUCUACAAAGCACGAACAGAUCCCAUGCUUCCUGCUGGAACAUUUGAUGGAAAGAUAGCCUUCAUUACUGGUGGUGGUACUGGUCUAGGAAAAGGAAUGACAAAGAUGUUGUCUGCUUUGGGUGCAGAGUGUGUGAUUACUAGCAGGAGCUUGGAUGUAUUACAAGAAACAGCUAAGGAAAUCAACCAAGAGACUGGUAAAAAAGUACAUGCCAUCAAAUGUGAUGUUAGAGACCAUACUUCAGUGAAAGACGCUGUCGAUGAAUGUGUAGAGAAAGCUGGUCUUCCCAAUAUAGUUAUUAACAAUGCAGCUGGUAAUUUUGUUGCUCCAUUUGAAAGACUUUCACCAAAUGCCUGGAAAACAAUUGUUGAUAUUGUGCUCAAUGGUACAGCAUAUGUUACACUGGAUAUUGGCAAGAGACUCAUUGAAGCAAAGCAAGGAGCUAAUUUUCUUGCAAUAAGUACAAUCUAUUGCAACCAUGGAUCUGCUUUUGUAGUGCCUAGUGCUGCAGCUAAAUCUGGUGUAGAAGCAUUAUCAAAGUCUUUGGCGGUGGAAUGGUCCAAAUAUGGGAUGAGAUUCAAUGUUAUUGCACCUGGCGUAUUCAAAACGAAGGGUGCAUUUUCCAGACUGGACCCAACUGGAAAGUUUGGCAAAUUGUUUGUGGACAGAGUGCCUGUAAAAAGACUUGGUGUAUUAGAGGAAGUGGCCAAUGUAGCAGCAUAUCUUGUCAGUGAUUAUUCUAAUUUUGUGAAUGGUGAAAUUGUUACAAUAGAUGGUGGUGAGAUGUGUUAUCUAGGAGGAGAGUUCAAUGCACUUAUGUCUGUAAAGAAAGAAGAGUGGGAUGUAAUGGAAGCUAUGAUUAGAAAGACCAAAGGAUCCUGA